UGUAAUGACAGUUAGAAAGACACGUGAAACUCACAAUCUGUCCGCCUUCAAAGCAAUAAAAACAUGCCAUAAUUAUUUGCGGUGAGAUCUGUUACUAUGUCAACUUCCUUACAACUCUCCUGAAGGUAUUGUGACAAAAUUCAAUGUCAGAGGAAUGGGUAGAAGGUUUAUUUACACGGUCGGUGAGCGGUUUGUUAUAUAGUAUAAACAACGCUUUUGUAUGUAUUGUUUUUCCACUGGAGAUGUUUGAGAAACACUGCAAAGAUUUCAUUCUAAUCUCGUAGCCAUAUUUGUAUGUACCGAGAAUUACUUAUUGAAAGUUGUAAGGUACAUAGCAAGAGAAGGGCUUCGCAUUAAUACACUGUUUAAAAUGAAUAUCUUUCGACGGAGUAACAGUAAAUUUAUUUUGGUGUUAACUUCUCUUUUUGUGUUGCUUGCUGUGAUUAUGUUGGUUGUUGGAGUGGUCGAGUAUGAGAAAAAGAGAAACAGCACUUGUGCGAGUUCAACUUCAAGUAACGCAGAUAGGGAAAAACUGAUCAAUUUUUUGAAUAAAGUCAAAACGACUUAUUACAAGCUGUACCCGCACACGAUUAUUUUUGAUCCCGAUGUCGAAAUCGAUAAAGUAAUCGAUAACUUUAUCCCGUAUGACCCGUCACCUUCUGCGAUAAAAAAACGAACAGAUCGUGCGUUGGAGCUGGGUAAAGAAUUCCAAGAUCUUCGAUUGGAUUCAACGCAGUUGAAACCACGUGAGAAAAAAGCUGCAGCCCAAUUGGAGCAUUACUUAUACAGCAUGUUUGGGAGUCCCUAUGACGAGAAUUAUUACGCAGGUGAUUGGAUGAUGGGACCUAAUUACUUUUGUUGGCAGCAUAUUUGUAGUAUAGGCGUUGAACUCUUGCAACAUUAUGGAAAGAAAAGUGGUGUUGUACCGAAGACAUUGAAGCAUGUAGAAAACAUCCUGAAUACAGUGAAGGGAUACAGUACCACCAUCGAACAAUAUCAGGCGAAUAUGAUGUAUGGUGUGAAUGCCGGCAUGGUGCGAGCUGUUGAUGAUUGUAAGUCAGGGAGAAACGCAUUUAAAUCAAAUUUUCGACAUAUCGUGACUGAAGGGGAAAAGGGUGCCUUGAAAGAAAUAUUUUCUACAAGAUUGAUUCAAUCUUCAUUUUAUAAUAAUAUCCCUCAAAGUGUAAAGGAUGCCUUUAAAGAAAAAUAUGGCGCUACGAUGGAGAACAAGAUGAGCGAUCAAAUUGUCAAAUACAUAGGAUCGCCUAUAAAGAAAUUUGUAAAUUUUCUUGACACUAACUACAGUCGAUAUUGCGUACCCUCCUCCGUUGUAAGUGGAUUGGCUAACUUACCCUUAAAAAAGGUGUGGUUGGAUCAAAAUGAAACAUCUCAAGCAACGACACAAGUGCUGCCGACAGGUGAGAAACUAGACGGCAAAAAAAGUUACGACAUGAUAUUGCCGUAUUUCACCACAAGUAAAAAAUACACUGCGAAAAUUGUCAACAAACUUGGAGAAGAACAAAAAGAUAAAUUAUACAAACAAGCUGUUGAAAUUGCGAAACAAAUUACAAACAAAUCUGAAAGCGAGGCUGUAGCGGAAUUCAAAGAAGACUUAAACUCAGCUAAACACUAUUUCAAUACGUCGGUUAUACCGGAUAAUGAAAAUGACGAAGAGGGCGGCAGGCGUUGUUUUGAUAUGGCGUCAGCUAAAAUUAAUUGCCCUGUGCGCUACAAAGCUAUGCAGGAUUGGUUUAAGUAUGUAAAUAGAGUGCUAUCGCUUGUUGAUCCAAUGACGAUUGACAUGUUCUACAUGACAGGUGACAAAUCGACCACGCCCAACUGUCCGGUGAAAAUGAAAGCUAAGUUCAAUCCUUCUUCUGGAUCACAAUCUUACAGCGCAGCUGGUAAAAACUGCGCACGACCUUGUUAUUAUAUGCUGCCAUUCUUUCUUUUACGCCCUGGUCCAAUAUAUGGCGCAUAUUCAGUUGCUGGUCACGAAGCACGUCCAGGUCAUCACACGCAGGUUCAAGGUUUUCGUGAGCAUUUCGCAUCGUACGGUGAAAAGGAUGUCAUCGAUUGGUUAAACGUAAACAAUGCGUACACUGCGUUUACUGAGGGUUGGGCUCUAUACGCAGAGAAUCCGUUGCUUUCGCAAGGAACAAGUCUAUACAAGGAUGAGCCGAUGCAAAAAUAUGGAAUGUUAAAAUGGCAGAUAUGGAGAGCAUUAAGAUUGAUUAUUGACACUGGCCUUCACGCUAGAGGUAUGACGCAAGAAGAGUCGCUUAAUCUAUUUGAAAAGUUUGCAUGGGACAUCACAGACAAAUCUAAAAAAGACACAGUUCGUUAUAUGAGUGAUCCUGGACAAGCUACGGCGUAUAUGAUUGGUCAAUUGGCCAUCUGGAGCAUGCGCAAUAAAACGAUAGAAAGACUUGGCGAGGCCAAAAAAAAAUUCGACGAAAAGGAAUUUCACUAUCAAAUCUUAUCACAAGGGUCUUCUCCGUUGGACUAUCUUACUAGUUACAUUGACGACUACAUAGAGUGCAAGAUAAAUCCCAAAGUACGAUCCGAUUGCCCGGAAAUUCUCGAUCCAAAAUUAGCAAGUCAACAGAAGUCUAACCCGAUUGGUACAGCGAGUAGGUGGGAAUUUAUUGAAAGCAACAUGGUGGAGAGAGAGCGCCAUUUUUGAUCACUCGACAGAAUCAAAUAAUUUUUACUGUUUUUAUACAUAGUUGUGGUGUAUAUAUUUUUAUAGACAAAAGAAUAUUUUUCUAUCACCAUUUU